AUGGAAUGCAUGGAAGCGGAAAAAGAGUAUUACCACGAGUUCACUAAGGUAGCGCAGCUGCUCGUAGCGAAAGAUCGCGUUGGUAAAGCAGAGAUGAAUCGGCUCUUCUUAGAAGGAUUCCCCACAGAUGUGCAACAACAGAUCUGCACCCGCAUGAUGAUCAAAUUUCCAGACCACCACCCAGACAAUCCUUACCCUAUCAAGGACGUGCGCUUGGCAGCGCACUUCUUGCUCCCAGGUGUCGUGUCAGUGGCCACACUACCAGCGGGCACGCAAACUACGUCACCCUCGCCUCGAACUGGAAAUGUGCAGGACCUGGCCUACCAAAAACCUGCGGCUGGAGCGGUCAUCAAGCAAAAAUACCAGGCCACCCGUAGCGGUGGCUAUGCGGCUCAAGGGUGUAUGUUUUGCGGAAGUGGCGAGCACUUCCUUAGCUGCUGUCAUGAAAAGACGGCAUACAUAGACGUGGGGAAGUGUAAGAUAAGCGAACAGAACAAGUUAGUGUUGCUGAGUGGUAGAUGGAUUCCAGGAAGGCUGCAAGAGGGAACGCUGAAAGAGCAACUUGACCGCCAUAUUGCUACUCAGCAGGCGGAUGAGGUGCUCCCGAGUUCGAGCAUAACGGUGGGUAUCUUUGUUCGCGCUGACCAAGAAGUUGACGCCAUAAUGGAACUCAAUUCGUCCGCAUUUGUGCACACUAUCACGGACGCAGAAUCAGAGGUGGAUGAAGACAAUCUUGAAGUGUUGCGUGCCACGCAGGCGCUAGCGCUAGCAACCGCUAAACGCGAUCAGAAGAAGGGGAACGGAUCGUAUUUCCCUAAAGGCAAGACAGUGCGUUUCGAUGGCGUUGAACUAGGCAGCGAGGCUCGCACGCAUCCAGGACCCCUAUCUAUACGAGACAUCGCAGACAAGGACAACCUCCCAGCUGCCAAAUAG